AUGGCAGACUCACCAGAACUCCCUACCUCCUAUGCCGCCCUUCCAACCAAAAGCAUCAAACUCAGCCAUGUCCCCGCCGACUCACCCACCGUCACAAAGGUGGUCGUAGUAACGCUCUACCGCCCCACAAAACACAACGCAUGGACCAGCGAAAUGGCACAGGAACUCAGAACAGUGUACAACCUCUUUGAUGUUGACGACCGAGUGCGCGCCAUCGUCCUGACCGGUUCCGGCAAGAUGUUUUGCGCUGGAGCAGAUCUCGAAGUUGGAUUUGCGGCAAAUGGUUCCAAGGAUGAGAUCGAACCAGGUGGUGCAAGGGAUCAUCGCGACGGUGCCGGGUGGGUGACCAUGGCGAUGCACCGUUGUCGAAAGCCCACUGUCGUGGCUAUCAAUGGUUCGGCGGUUGGUGUGGGUAUCACCUGUACGCUUCCGGCUGCUAUUCGAGUAGCGUACAAGGAUGCCAAGAUUGGCUUCGUGUUUGCUCGUCGUGGGUUGAUUGCGGAGGGUGCAUCUGCAUUCUUCCUACCGAAAUUGGUUGGCCAUUCGCGUGCGAUGCAUUUAGUCACUACCGGUAGUGUCUACCCUGCCUCGCACCCAUUACUAUCAAACCUGUUUUCGGAAACCCUCCCUUCACCAGAGGCAACCGUUGCGCGUGCCCUGGAACUCGCCACUGAUAUAGCAGAAAACACAUCCACCGUGUCCACAGCUAUCAUGCGAGAUUUGUUGUGGCGAACCCCCCACAGCGCCGAAGAAACGCAUCUCUUGGACUCGCGCUUGAUCUGGGAUAUGUUUGGCAAGGGCGAUAACAUGGAGGGUGUUCUGAGCUUCUUUGAGAAACGCAAGCCUGAUUUCAAGGCGAGUUUCAAUAAUAAUGGGGAAAUACCGGCGGCAUGGCCGUGGUGGACUCCGGUUAGCUUUGAGAAGUGGAUGCGAAAGUCGCGUUUGUGA